AAAAUAUAAAAAUCAUUUUAGCAACCACAUUUCCAGAAGUGGUAAACGCCAGGCAGCAGCAAGUAGUUAAACGCGUCCACAAAAGUUAAAAAAGAAAUUAAAAUUGCCCCGGUGCACGCAAAGGAGUGAGUGCCAUCAAGACGAGAAGUCAAAAAUAUUUUCCUGGACGGAUCAUCAUCUUACUUAAGUAGUUACGAAGCGUAGUAGAAGGAUUUAUUACCGGAGAAUCUCGAACCAGUAAAAGUCAGAAGUUACGGCCGAGUAAUAGACAAUUCAAAAAUGUCGGGAUCAAUUAGACGUAAACAUGGAGAUAUUUCCAAAGCUCCUACACCACAAAAUACUCCUUCAUCAAUCACUAAUUCUUAUUUAAGAUCUCAACCUCCAACUGUUCCAAGUAUAAAGGAGGAAGAUUCUGAAGUUUUACGUCAAGUCGCCAAUAAUCCAGCAUUGAUGAGUAUGAUUCAAGGUAAAUUGGGUGCACUUGUUGGUCAACAAAGUUCAUAUAUUGAUUCAUUACCAAAAAUUGUAAAAGAUCGUAUUAGUGGAUUAAAAGCAAUUCAAUUAAAACAAUUGAAGAUUGAAGCACAAUUCCAACGUGAAUUAUUGGAAUUAGAAAAGAAAUAUGCAAAGCUUUAUGAACCAUUGUUUGAUAGAAGAAAAAAGAUCAUUGCUGGAGAUGCCGAACCAACUAGUGAAGAAAUCGAAGAAGGUCGUGCAUUAGAAGAAGAAGAAGAUGAUGACGAAGACGAAGAAGAAAAGAUAAAGGAACUCAAUGAAGGUAAGAAGGAAGACGAUGAAGAUGAAGAUGAAGAAGCCGACGAAAGUGCUGAAAAGGGUAUCCCAGAUUUCUGGUUAACUGCCAUUGAAAACUUAAGUACUAUCAGUGAAACUAUUACUGAAAGAGAUAGUGAAGUAUUAUCCAAUUUAAUUGAUAUUAGAGUCGAAUAUUUGGAAACUCCUGGUUUUGAAUUAAUAUUUGAAUUCCAAGAAAAUGAAUUCUUUUCUAAUAGAAUUUUAACCAAGACUUACCAUUAUCAAGCUGAAUUAGGUUAUAGUGGAGAUUUUGUUUAUGAUCAUGCCGAUGGUAGUGAAAUAAACUGGAAAUCCAAGGAAAAUAAUGUCACUAUCAACAUUGAAAGAAGAAAGCAAAGAAACAAAAACACCAAACAAACAAGAACUAUUGAGAAGUUAACUCCAACUGAAUCAUUCUUCAAUUUCUUUGAUCCACCAAAACCUCCAAAGAAGAAGGAAGGUGACGAAGAAGAUGAAGAAAAUGACGAUGAAGAAGAUAGAGAUGAAGAAGAUGAAGAAGAUGAAGAUGACGAAGAUGCCGAUGAAGAAUUGGAAGCUAGAUUAGAAUUAGAUUAUCAGUUAGGUGAAGAAUUUAAAGAUCGUUUGAUUCCAAGAGCCAUUGAUUGGUUUACUGGUGAUGCCAUUGAUUACUUUCCUGGUGAAUUAGAUGACGAAGAAGACUAUGAUGAAGAAGAAUUCGAUGAAGACGAUGAUGAAGAUGAUGAUGAAGAUGAUGAAGACGAUGAAGAUGAUGCUCCAAAGGAACAACCACCUGAAUGUAAGCAACAAUAAUCAAAUCACUCAGAUAUUUUCCCUUCGUAUUGUAAUAGUGUAUAUAUGCUAUUACUAUAAUUAUAAUUA